AUGGGAAAUUGCACUUACAAAAAGAAAAAAAAUUCAAUAAGCUGUAUAAAUUCAGGCAAAUAUUCAUCUACAAUAAUAACUGCUGGACUCCCCACAAAUGAAAAAAUUAUUUCGGUAUUUGACCUGGCAGCCUGUGCACCGUCCAAUACUCAAGGACCAAAUAGAAAACUUCUCCUUGAUUUUUUUGCUAGUUCGCGUCAUCAAAUGCCAAAUAAGAUAAAGCUUCUUUUUGAAGCGAUUUUUGCCUGCGAAGAGCUGAAUGUGACUGAAAUUGAUCUUAGCUUCACUCCUCUUGAUGUAAAUAAUGUCUACCAGUUAAUCGCUAUUCUAGAAUAUUUUCGGUGCUUGGAAGAAAUCAAUUUGAAGGAUACUGGCUUAAGUUCAAAGGAUUUGUAUAGGCUGCAAAGUAAACUUGAAAAACUAAAGCCAUUGCAAAAAAUCACAUUGAGCUAUAAUAGUUUAGAAGCAGAAGGAGGCUGCCAAUUAGAAAGACUAUUUCAGCAUAUAGUCAAUGUAAAGUAUAUUGACCUGAGCAGAGACAAUCUGGGGGAUAUAGGCGCAAUAAAUUUGUGCCGUGGGAUCGUCCGCUUAAAAAAUCUUGAAGUAUUAAUUUUAGAUAAUAACGAGAUUGGGGAGCUUGGAAUUAUCGAAAUUUUGAACACAAUUAAAAAAUCGCAAACCCUUCGCCAUUUAGGCUUAAACAACAAUUAUAUCACGCCGAAAGCGGGAGCUAUGCUAUUAAAUAUAAUCAGCUCGUUAUCGAACUUAAAAGUUCUUGGGUUGAAAAAUACAGGAUUAUCAUUUAAGCAUUAUUUUAUGAUAACUGGCAAGUUUGAUUACUUGAAAGUAGAGUUUAGCAGUACAAAAGUGUAG